AUGAACUGGAUUGUAACUGCAGUAGCUGUGUGCGUCUUCGUGCCCAGCACCCACUGUGAGACAAAAUGCUGGUGUUAUAAUGAGCCAGGCUGCGAUCAAACAACGUGGCUAACAUUUCCUGGUGGGCACUGCAAUGGCAGCCGACAGUCGCCCAUUAACAUCGUCUCAGCAUCUGCCCAAGUUAACUCCAAUCUGACUGCAUUCACCUUUCAUAACUACAGCAGCAACUCCACAAUGAAAAAUAUCAGAAACACUGGCGAGACAGUCCAAGUCGAACUCGCCAGUGGUGUGAGGAUUUCAGGAGGAGAUCUGUCCGAGGACUACGACAGCCUGCAGCUCCACUUGCACUGGGGUAAUGGCACCUCUGUCCCCGGCUCUGAGCACACCGUGGAUGGCAAGCGCUAUCCCAUGGAGUUACACAUUGUAAACAGCAAGGCAUCCUAUAAUCGGAACACAACUCUGGCUAUUGAAGACUCUACAGGACUUGCUGCUCUUGGUUUCUUCAUUGAAGAAAUGUCAGGUAAUGCAACUGGCCAACCCGCAAACUGGCACACCUUGAGCUCCUACCUGAAAAACAUCUCAAACAGCGGCGACAAUGUUACAGUGGCACCUGGAAUUUCACUAGAUGAUCUCCUGACCGGGGUGGAUCGCACCAAGUAUUACCGCUACCUUGGCUCUUUGACCACCCCCUCGUGCAAUGAGGCUGUGGUUUGGACUGUGUUUAAGGACACAAUAAAAGUCAGCAAAGACGUGAUUGACCUCUUUAGCAAAACGGUACACGUCUCCAACAGCACAUCUCCUUUUAUGAUGAAUGUCUACAGAGACACCCAGCCAGCUCAACGUGUCACAACCCAGGCUGCCAGCUCUACCUCCACAGCCUGCUACUCUCUGGCUCUGAUGGCUCUGAGCCUGGUUCUUGGGAGUUCUUAGGGCCAUGAAAGGUGGUGGUGUCUCAACAACUUAUGUUGUUGCUGGUAAAUCUCUUUGCAAUGAAAGCACACCUUUUUGCCUCAAUCUGUCCUCUCCCCUGGUUUGUCUGACUGUGUCCACAUUGUCAAUACAUAUAAAUACAAUUAUAUAACACAAGUAUGCACUGAACCACUCAUUCUUAGUCCCCUAAAUUCAGAAUGUAAGAUUUUGUGUACACGUAAGAUCACAACCAAGCAAAACUGAAGUACCUGCAACUCAAGAAUUCAGAAUGCUGUAUUGAGAAUUGAAGCACAGCUCGUUGUCUGUUUCUGCGCUGUGAAAGCUGCAUUCAGGUGCCU